AUGAGACUGGCAGUGGAGGAGAUAAACCAGAAUCCAGUGCUGUUGCAGAAUCGCACUCUGGGCUACAAAAUCUUUGAUUCAUGUGGAUAUCCACUGACAGGACAGAGAGCUGUUUUAUCGAUGCUGAACGGAGUGAAAGCCAUCGCACAGCUGCUGGUGCACUUUAACUGGACUUGGGUGGGGCUGCUGCGAGGAGACAGUGAUUAUGGCCGCUUUGCUGCAAAAGGUUUACUGAGAGAAUUACAGGACACCAAAGUAUGUGUAGCGUACCAAGAAAUUAUUCCUCUGCUCUACACUUGCCAGGUGGGACUAAGGAUCAUGAAGGUGAUGCGUAGCUCUACCGCAAAAGUGGUGUUGGUAUUUGCAGUCGAGGGGGAGAUGACACCUUUCUUGAGAGACUACAUGACUCAGAACAUCACUGGAAUCCAGUGGGUGGUGAUUGAAGCCUUGGUCACAGCAUCAGUCUUUUCAGGACGAGAGUAUUACCCCUACUUGGGAGGAACCAUUGGGUUUAACAUCAGAAAAGGUCAUAUCUCCAGACUUGGUGACUUCCUGCAGACAGUGCCAGUGUCUGUGUGCAGUGCCAGUUGUCUUCCAGGCUCCCGGAAGGCUGUCCGUCGUGGGGAGCCUAUCUGCUGCUUUGACUGUGUACCAUGUGACAGUGGCAAAAUUAGCAAUCAGACAAACUCAGUAGAUUGUACAAUUUGUCCUGAGGACUUCUGUUCAAACAACGACAGAACAGCCUGCAUUGCCAAGAAAGUGGAGUACUUGACCUUCAAUUCAUUGGGAAUAGCCCUGACAGUGAUGUCUGUGGUGGGCGCCUGCUUCACUCUGGCUGUCUGUGGAGUCUUCUUCUGUCACAGACACACAGCCAUUGUCCGUGUGAAUAACUCUGAGCUCAGUUUCUUCAUACUGUUUGCACUGACUCUGUGUUUUCUGUGUUCUCUGCUUUUCAUUGGAAAGCCAACAUAUUGGUCCUGCAUGCUGCGCCACACUGCCUUUAGCAUCACAUCUUCACUGUGUAUUUCCUGCAUCCUGGGGAAGACCCUGGUGGUACUGGCUGCAUUCACUGCCACCAGGCCAGGGCAAAACAUUAUGAAGUGGCUAGGGCCUAAGCAGCAGAGGACCAUUAUCUCCAGCUGUACUCUGGUUCAGCUGGUUAUCUGUACUGCCUGGCUCAUUGAAGCUCCCCCGUUUCCAUCCAGAAAUACACAAUAUGAACAUUCAAAGAUCAUACUGGAGUGUAGUGUUGGCUCUCGCCUGGCCUUCUGGUGUGUUCUUGGAUAUAUUGGUCUACAGGCCUGUCUGUGCUUUGUAUUGGCUUUUCUGGCUCGAAAGUUGCCGGGAAACUUCAACGAGGCCAAGUUCAUCACAUUCAGCAUGCUGAUCUUCAGUGCUGUGUGGCUAGCAUUUAUCCCUGCUUAUAUCAGCUCCCCUGGAAAUUAUGCAGAUGCAGUUGAGUCAUUUGCCAUCUUGGCCUCCAGCUUUGGCUUGUUGUUCUGCCUGUUUGUUCCAAAGAGUUACAUUAUUUUACUGAAGCCUGAAAAGAAUACAAAACAGCACCUGAUGGGGAAAGAAACAAAAUGAUGAAACACACAUUAACCCAAAGUUAUUGAAUCAGUAACAAUUGGACUUCUAGAUUUAUUUCAGUGUCUUAUAGAUAACUAACCACUAACAUUGUAUAAUAAAAACUAACAUUGUUGCCACACAGCAAGAUGGCCUCUAGUUUCUAAAUCUAAAUCUUAUACUUUAUUAAACCCCUUAGGGAAAUUAUUUAU